AUGGCCGAGUCAACUACACAGAUGGAGGCCGACGUGGGAGGGCUGAUAGACGAGGGCACUUACCACCUCAUCAUCCUCGUCUGUUUCGUCAUCACCCUCAUCAUCAGCCCUCUAGGCAUCAUCUUCAACAUCAUCAACAUCGUCGUUUUCUGUAAACUUGGCUUUAAAGAGAGCACCAACAUUAUCCUGGUCAGUUUGUCGGUGACGGACAUGUGCAUGUUGCUGACCGUUCUUGGUAUGGCGUUUAGCACAGAACUAGCCGACACGUCUAGUGACGAUUGUAUCGAUGCUGUCAACCUCAUUAUUUUAGCGCUGUGUGUGCUAACGAUCGCGUAUUCUUUUCCAAUUUAUCUGGCCAACAGCAUCGGUCUGAGGUUCAACCCCAUGUCAAACCAAACCUCUGUUGGACUUAUCGUGGCGGAGAACAGCGACGUUCUGGAGGGCGUGUCUAUUAGUCUAAAUGGAGGAAACAAAUGUCCAUACACUCUAAAAAUACCCAGUUCACAAACCGUGACCGGAAGCUGGUAA